AGCUCGCACAGCUGCUCGGUGCGUGGGGCGACGUCUGCGCGAGAAGGAAGGGAGAAGAAGAGAAGAGAAAGGGAGCAGAGGACUGAGCUGCCCUCUGCAUCACUCAUGGAGGGUAUCUGAUCAUUUCCCCUGGGAGCGCACAGACACCGCAGUCCAUGCCUCUGCCCUGCCAGGUCAUUGAUGGGAAAUCAACUGGAUCGGAUCACCCACCUCAACUACAGCGAGCUGCCCACGGGGGAUCCGUCCGGGCUGGAGAAGGACGAGCUGCGGGUCGGAGUCGCCUACUUCUUCUCUGACGAAGAGGAGGAGGUGGACGACCGAACUCCGUCCGACUGCGGCUUCACCAAAGACCACAGCCCGACCGAGGAGGGACCCUUCUCGGUCAGCGAGGUGGAGUACUCGGCGUUCUGCUCCCAGGAAUGCAUCUUCUCCAAGCUGCGGGAAAACGAGGACCUGAACGUGUAUUCGGCCAAAACGUUGCUGACUAUGUGCAAACCGGGGGACCUGCUUGAGCUGGUGGGCACCGCGCAAGCGCCCCAUUGGGUCAUCUACGAGCACGAGGACCGGGUCAUUCAUCUGCACAAGGGCGAGAUCCGCAAGGACAGCCUGCUGGAGAUCAGCAGCGGACGGCGCGGGAGGAUAGUCAACAAUCGGUACCGAUUUCGACCGCUUCCUCCAGACCUGGUGAUGCAGAACGCAGCAGGACACCUGGGCCUGCGGAGCGAGGAGAUAUGCUGGACCAAUUCGGAAAGUUUCGCCGCCUGGUGCCGCUUUGGGAAGCGGGAGUUUAAAGCCGGGGGAGAGGUGCACUCAGCCGAGCAGCAGUAUUUUCUCAAAGUGCAUCUGUCCGGCAGCGGCGUGCACACGCUGGUGUUUCGCAGCCUGGAGGACAUGAUCCGGGAGCGGCGGCGCGUGGACGCUAGUGGAAUUCUGAAAGAGCUGUCUUUGGUUAGCGGGGGCAAGGACUGAUCGGGGAUUCCGUUUGAUAUCAUCUCCUCCCCCUCCAACUUCCUCACUCAUCCUUCUGCCUCCUUGUGCCACCGAGGCGCACGGGACGCAUGGUUUUUGCGCAGCCACACACACACACACACACACACACACACACACACACACACACACACACACACACACACACACACACACACACACACACACACACACACGCGCACACACACACACACACACACACACACACACACACACACACACACACACACACACACAAAAGAAAAUACAUGCAAAAACGGGACAUGCUGGUUUAGGACCCUGCUGAUCUCGGAUCAGAACCCAAGGGGUAGCCGAACCACAGAAUCCUGGAAUUGCAGAAACGGCCAACGCCCCGCCGGAUGAGGAUCUGAUGCAGAGCGCGCGGGACUUCUCGUAAACCCAUACGGCUCCGCAAAGUGAAAUCACCUUUAUAACACCUGUUUAACGGAGCCGGUUUGAUUUAUGUUUGUUUUUGUUGUUGUUUUUGUUGUUUUGACUGGAAGUGGCCCUUCUGUCUGCAGAGCUGCUGCAGCAGACCCAGACGAUGAGACCAGGCGGGAGACAGAGAGGGGAGGAAGGAUGGGUGUGUGGAUGGAAGAUUUUGGGAUGACUCUUGGAAGUCUCCCUUCUAUUUUUUUACUGUUAGCUUUAAAAAAACGGGACAGACCACAACACCGACCUGAACAAAGCCACCAAACCCUCAGAGUCUCAGCUGGCUACGCAGUUGCACAUAAACAAAGACUGCGUCUUGGCUUAAGUGUCCGAGCUCCUCUUAUUGCCACAGUGUUCUCCCCACAAUGCUGUCGUGUGUGUGUGUGUGUGUGUGUGUGUGUGUGUGUGUGUGUGUGUGUGUGUGUGUGUGUGUGUGUGUGUGUGUGUGUGUGUGUGUGUGU